AUGACUAGCAUAGUCUAAAAAAAGUCUUUAAAUGGAUCAAAUAGCCCACAGAUAGGAUAAUUAUUUUAGGAUCAUGUCGUCGUCCAUAUUACGCAAGAGUUUACAGUUAUUUGAUGACGAGGACCAGGAGGGGAAAGGCAGUCUGAAGAAAAGAAAAGGAGCUUCAAAAGAUGUUAGAAUCAAGGAGGACUCUUCAAAGCGAGGCAUCAAGAAACGCAAGAAGAAACAAAUCAGCAAAGCUAAGACAAAACGCUCGUCGGAGUCAGCUCUAGAGACAUACAACAGAAAUAAAUCCCUUGACUUUACUGAGGAAUCUCUGCAUUAUCUCAACAUGAUUUCAAGUAUUGAAGGAAAACCUGAUUCCAAGACUGUAAAUACUAUUUUGGAACAUAACAAGGGGAGGUCAUCCAAGAACCUCAAGGAAAAGGAGACCAAACCAGUGGCGGCGUCUGUGUUCAGUGAGAGGGACUUUGAGGAUUUUAGGAAAGAAUAUUUAAAUUCAUGACAUGUACAUGUAAAUCUACCAUGUAUAUCUAUCAUUAUGAUUGUGUUUUAGAAAUAAGUAUUGACAGUUUGAAUGUGAUACACAUAUUAAAUUAAAAAAAUAAUCUGUGACUUGGGAGGCUGCUACCAUUUGUUUUCUAAAUUCUGAUGAAUAUUUAUGUAAAAACACUUCCAUAGUUCAUGAAGUGAAAGGUCAGUGCAUUUACAUUACUGAAUCUGGUUUACAGUCAGUUGGGACAAGAAAACUGUCAAUUCUCCAUUAUGACCCAAUUCUGAAUGAUUAAUAAAUGAAAGGUAUAUAAUAUUACUGAUCCAUGCAUUUUUUCCAAAUAAAAAUGUCCAAAGAUUUG